UUGGGUUUAAAAGCCCAUUGAUUGCAGCACUGUAUGGGCGCACUGCAUGGUUGUACACUUUCUGUUACUAAGAAUACAUAGGCCUAACACCCGUGGACUUCCACAUCCUUAUUUAAAGCAAUGCUUCUGCUUCAGAGACGGACAUACAUUGUGUUAUCUGCUUGACUAUUCUCAGGAGCUGCAUAUGACCAGGACCUGACUGACGAAAACUGACACCCGUUUCUUCUGCCUACUACACCUCCCUACAAUCAAUAAGCAAAUGUUUGACUGUCUUCAAGAAAAGGUUGCAGAGAAAAGUGUCGCCUGACUGGUGAACGACAACAGUGUAUGGGAUUCCAUGUUUCAUUUUGCCAUGACGUGUGGAAGGAGUUAACGAUCUCUCAGAACGAUCACAUCGUUCAACUUGAGAAAGGCAGUGUGCAUUCGUAGACGAGGUGACACACCGCAGAAAAUGAAGACAGGACCAAAGGUUGUUAUUUUUCUGGGACUUGCUGUCCUGUGGAAAGAUUUUGUACAAACCGCCAGUUUGCCCACAGCUGCUGAGGCUGAAAACGACGCAUGGACCAACAAAGCCUUUACAAGCCACCAGUACGACUGGGAAAAGGAAUCAUCUCUUACCCCCCGAGCCAUGCCCGGAGGUGAAUAUAGACGCGACCCUGAUGAUCCAGAAAUAUCGUCCAAGCAGACGUCAGGAACAUACCGGAGAUUCAGAGGGAAUGGCAUCGUCGAUAUGUCCCAGCAACUGACGAGUUAUGAUAGCAGCAGUGAAGGAAAUGAUGACCCAAGUUUGGCCUGGGAAUACGAGUCAUUGCUAGAUCGUGACGCAUCUACUCACCUUGGCGCGUACAAUUGCAGCGUGUCAACAUAUUGUGUCUGUCAUCGUGUAGAGCAUGGUCUUCACAUUUAUGCCAACUGUUCUUCUCUUCGUCUACACCACAUUCCGCAGGACCUUCCGAAGAACAUUCGUCACUUGAAAUUAGCUAAAAAUAGGCUACGUUGUCUCAACCUGUCAGUUUUGCUUGAAUAUCCUGGGCUUGCUUCUGUUGAUGCUCAAGAAAAUAAGCUGACUUCAGUUGUUGAACCUUCUUCAUUAACUGCGUCUCCUUCUUUGUUGGUUUUGCUAUUGGGCAAGAACCACUUUCGUUCAAUUGGAGAGAAUGCUUUCAGAAUAUUAACUUCUUUGGAGCGGCUGUCUUUGAAUCAUAACAAGAUUCAAUCGCUAACAAAUUUCACAUUCUCUGGACUAGACAAGCUGUACAUACUAGACUUAUCUUGGAAUGACAUCCAAUAUAUAGAACUCGGCACGUUUGACAGCGUACCAAAAUUGAGUACGUUACUUCUUAAUAACAAUCCGAAAUUCAGUUACUACCAAUCUCAUAUGGCUCCCAGGGUUUUCCUGAAUUUAAAAUCUCUCAGGGUUUUAAACAUUGUAGGUAACAGUGCUCUGUCUCAGGUGUACCCAAAUGACGCUCUUGGCUAUUUAACAAGUCUGCACGAGUUAAACAUGGACGGUUUGGCCAGAGGUGUAGCAUUGGGUCCGCAAGUUAAGAAUCUUAAACAUCUUAAGUCUCUUAAAAUUGGUGUUGGAGAGAAUGUUCUUUGUAAUAUUAGGAAUCUAACCUCUUCAUUUUUUGAGAACACACCGUACUUGGCAUCACUAAAUAUACAACACUGCUUGAUGGCACAGAUUGACAGUGAUGCUUUUGUCAACAUGUCCAAGUUACAAAGUUUAAAAAUCUCUUACUCCAGGAACCUUGGAGUCAGUGAAGCUUUACGCUCUUUGUCUAGUUUACAGAAUUCUUCACUGAAGUCCCUGGAGCUAGUUCACCUAGUUAGUCAUGGCGGUUACCCAUGUAGGUACAUAACUGAGGAGGAUUCGGUAUUUAUCAAGAACAUGAGGCUUGAACUGCUGGAUUUGUCGGAUAAUUUCCUCGCUAUGAUCGAGGGCAACUUCUACGAGGCUCUCCCAAAAACAUUAAAGACAUUAAUACUAAGGAACAACAAAUUCUCCCUAGCCACUUUUGACAUUUCAUAUUUGGCCAGUUUGAAGAAUCUUACGAAAGUUGACUUAACUUCUCAAAACAUUGGGAGAGUAAGAACGCCACCACCGAAGUCACAGAAAAACAAAGAUGGCGAGGCAUGUAGAUUUAUACCUUCAGAUAAUAUGGAUUCAGAGACGUAUCCGAAUGGAUUAAUGAACGAAUAUGAAUAUCCUGCAACGUCGAAGACACCUGUGCACACUGAACUACCAAAUGAAAACCAAACAAGGAAUCUUUCGGCUGUGGGAGACAGGAUCGAUGCUGAGGAAAAAACACCAGAGGCGAAUAACGAAGACGGCUGCACUACUCUACCUACAAACAUAGUUAAGAAGAUUGUGUUGCCCCCAAAUCUGCAAAUUCUUUGGACCCCACAGUUUAUACUUUAUGGAGAAAUAGUUUUAUAUCAAAGGGUGGAGGCAGGAUUAAAAGAGAUAGAUUUUUCUCACAGUUUUUUGUCUGAAUGGGGUGAAGGUAUGUUACAGAGGAGUGCAAGAAACGUAUCCCUAGAGGGAAAUUAUUGCAAAUACAUUCGUGAAGACUUUUUUCCUGAUAACAAUUCUCUUAAACUACUGAAUAUUCGCAACAAUAUAUUGGGGCCACAAUUUGCUAACGACGAACAGGGCAAAGUAUUCAAACAGCUUGUUCGUGUUCGAAGGCUAGAUUUGUCCAUGAAUUUAAUUUAUAGGUUGCCCCCAAACUUUUUUAACGGUUUGAAGAGUCUUAAUGAGUUGAUGUUAUCAGAUAACAAACUUCAGAGUUUGAAUUUUAGCGUAUCCAGUAUGCCACACUUGAAAGUAAUCGACGCCAGUAAAAACUCUAUCUCGUGGAUCGGUAGAACAACACGAGACGGUCUGGACUCAAUAGCCCUCCACCAUCCAGUGAGUUUAGAUUUGCGAAAAAACCCACUCCCUUGUACUUGUAAAGGUAUCGAAAUAUUGUCAUGGUUAGCAACGACCAACGUCCUUCUAACUGGUGAAGACUUCCUCGUUUGCCGAUUUGAAACCAAUGACUAUGUCACCAUAGGAAACCUGAGUCAACGUGUGCUGUUUAUGAAGAGACGCUGCAUCCCUAAGUUCAAUAUAGUCUUAAUAUCUGCUGCAUGUGCCUCAGUAUUUGUUUUUUUCUUGGGUUUCCUCUCGGUGUAUCGGUACCGCUGGAGGCUACGAUACUUGCACAAAGUGACAGUUUCCAAAUGGUUUGGGUUUCAUCCCAUUACGCAAACAUCACGCUGCAAGUUCGAUGCUUUCAUACUAUACGCCGAAGAAGAUCGAGAUUUUGUUUUAGAAACCAUGCUGACAGAGUUGGAGACAAAACGAGGUCACAAACUUUGUGUCGAAGACAGAGAUUUCAUGCCCGGUACCUUUAUCACAACAAACAUAACCUGUGCUGUGCAAAGUAGUACACUCACUGUACCUGUGAUCUCUCCUGAUUUCCUCUCUGGUGAGUAUUCCGAGUAUGGUGUCCAGAUGGCGCUUUGUGAGAUGGUCUUUGAGAAGCGUUCAGUGCUGCACCUGUUACUGCGUACGCCCAUGGACUACCGGCUUUUGUUUCGGGACCUCCUUCUGGUGAUUAGAGAUAACAAAUACACGGAGUACCCACCCCAGGCAGAGCUCGAGGACGAGAACAUCAAAAAUAAUUUCUGGGACGCAUUCUCUCGAGUGAUUGGCCAUGCAGAUAGCCAGUUUGAGCCCAUGCUAGAUGUAAUUGGAUAAGCGUAAUAAAAGUUUUGUUCCUGGUAGGCUCGAACAGUACCCAAACACAACCCGGAUAGGAAUCAACCACUGCCUGGACAUGAUUCAAACUCAGUUUGGAAGUAAGCUAAUCACUAGUCGGGUAUAAAUCAGUCGCAACUCAAACAGGAGCCUAUCACAGCUUGGAUAUAAAUCAAUUACAGCUCUAGAAUAAGCCAAUCACAGGUCAAAUAUAAACCAAUCACGCCUCGGAUAUUUGUCAAGUACAUCGCGGACAGGAGCCAAUCACAGCUCGGACAAGAAACCAAGCACAUCCCAGACAGGGCAGGAACCAAUCAGAACUCUGGAGGAGUCAGUCACAGCCCCGUCAGGAACCAAUUAUAGUCCAAACGGGAGCCAUUCACAGCAUGGAGAGGAACAUAUCAGAGACUUGACAGGGGCCAAUCACAACCUGGUGAUGAACCAAGUCACAGUCAGGAUGGGAGCCAAUCCCAAUUUGGAUAUAAGCCAUUUGUAGCUCGGAUAUAAGCUAGUCAUAGCCUGGACAUGAGAUAAGCACAUUCUGUACACGAGGCAAUCACAGCUCGACAGGAUCCAAAUCGCAGCUUGGACAGGAACCAAGCACAGCCUGGACAGGAACCAAUCAGAGCGCGGACAGGACAGGAAACAAUCAGAGCGUGGACAGGACAGGAAACAAUCAGAGCGUGGACAGGACAGGAACCAAUCAGAACAUCUAUGGAACCAAUCAGAGCGCGGACAGGACAGGAAACAAUCAGAAAAUGAAUGGAGCCAAUCACAGCGCGAACAGGACAGAGAACAAUCAGUUUAGUUUUAGUAGAGGUUUUACGGAGCUCGCAACUUCAUAAGGUCAUAUGAGCGCCAGAAGAUUAGA